AUUCUGUAACUGGGGUAACUUGUUGAAACCAGGACAUUAAGACAAACUGCUCUGUGGUGGUGAUGAAACUAUGAUUUUUGUGAAAAACCCGCAGGUUAAUCAUGAAGUGGAUGAUGGUCGCCGAGUUUAAAAUGACUCUGGAAGAAACAGGAGAAGGAUUUAUUAAGACACGGAUCUUAUUCCACACAAUGUGAGUAAAUAAAAAUGUUUCCCAGGUCGGACUCUUUAAGACUUCAGCCUUAAAUAACUGUAAAACUGAACAUCUUUGGAUUUUUGUCGAUCGGACAAAACAACCAGUUCGAAUAUGUGAACGUUGGCUUUAGAAAAUAUUUGUAGCCAAUAAAUGUUGAUUAGACUAAUUAAUAUUGUAAUGAAUCGUUAGCUUUCAAUCAGGUCAAGUUUCUUAAUUGUCCUUGUAAGAAACAGUGAAGCAAAUACAAAUAAAGUGGGAAUAGAAUAAAAUAGACAUUAUUCAGAAAUACUUUAUUGAUCCCCGAGGGGAAAUUCUGUGUCACAGUUGCACAAAAGUCAAAAGGAAUAUAAAUAAAGAUAGUGGUGUAUGUAAAGAAAUAUAAAUAUCAGAGUAAAAAUAUAAGAGAAAGAAAAUAUAGAUAUGUACAUUUACAUAAUUAAAGGAAUUACUGCACAAAACAGAUAAUGUCCAGUUUAAAACGAAGUGUCUGUAUGUCAGACGCUUAGAGGGAGGAGUUCAAAGUUUGCCACAGGCAGGAAUGACUUCCUGUGGCGCUCUGUGGUGCAUUAUGGGGGAUGAGUCUUGCACUGAAAGAGCUCCUGUGUUUGAGCAGCAGGUCAUGGAGCGGGUGGGAGACAUUGUCUAAGAUGACGUGUAGCUUGGACAGCGUCCUCCUCUCUGAGAGUCCAGCUCCAACCCCACAACGUCACUGGCCUUGGAUGAGUCUGUUGGCGUCCGCUGCCCUCAGCCUGCUGCCCCAGCAUGCAACAGCAAACAGGACAGCACAGACUCAGAAAACAUCCUCAGCAUCGUCCUGCAGAUGUUGAAGGACCUCAUCCUCCUCAGAAAAUAGAUGCACCUCUGGCCCUUCCUGUAGAGGACCUCAGUGUUCUUGGCCCAGUCCAGCUUAUUGUCCAUGUGCACUCCCAGGUAUUUGUAAUCCUCCACACUGACCCCCUGGAUGGAAACAGGGCUCACUGGAGAAAGAAGAAAGUUAGAAAUAAGACGACGAAGCAACAGCAACAGGCUGCAUGUGCAUUAAAAAGAUGAUCAACUCUUAUAAACCUGUUUAUUUCAUUUGUAGUGACGGUUAAUGUUUUUAAUCCCAUCAGAGGCAGAAUUAUAAGUGAGAACCUGAAAAUGUGUAGAACACGACAUCUGGAAUAUUUAAAAUUCAAAGCUGUAAAUAUUUCAGUGGGUUUUAAUAACAUGUGGAACCGCAUGUCCCAGUUCUCUCAGCAGGGUUUCAUUUCUCUGAUGGGUUUAAUGUUGGGAUCAGGCGAUUUCUGAAGUAUGUGUCUCGUUCUCCCUCCCAGCAGCAGGUGGCGUCAACAUGGUUGAAAGUAACACCAUUAACCUUUUUAUUUACAGGAACAGAGAUUAAAACCUCUUCAAAUGUAGGAAAUCUAAAUAAAGACCAAGUCACGUAAAGAAGAAGGUCUGCACACAUGGGGGGGUAGAAAGUACUGCUUUGAAGUACUUGUACAUUUCAGAGAGAAAUAUUCUAGUUUUGAGUCCAUCAUCACAGAUUAAACAACAAGCUGCAGAUCCAUCAUGAAGGCGUCGUCUGAUUAGUUGGACUUAAAUUAAACUGGUUCAAACCAGCAGGAGAACGGGGAGACGUCCACAAACACUCGAUCCUACAAUUCCCAUAAUGCAACUGGACAGCGUCUUUCAUUAAAGUUCCCUGAACACCUCGUAGCGCUGCAUUUUCCAGCCUUUUAUGACGCUGUUGUGUUUACAAACUUGUCGCAGCUGAUUGGCUAACACCUGUGACACGCCCACCAAAUGGGAGAAAACGUACCUCGGAGCCCGUCGCGGGACGUUGCAAGGAAACAUGUCGCCCAAUUGAACUCGCCCCGGAUAACCAAGAUGACAUCACUGUGACAUCAUCAGGGUUACUUUCUCCUCCAGAGACGAAGGCUCGUAUUGGAAACCACCUCAUCACACAUGCAGUAUGUGCGGAUUCAGCCUGAAAGGCAGUGUGCAAACCAAAGCUAAAUGUGCAGUAGAGGUUCCCGGAUGUUACAGAUCAGCUGCAGCCUUGUUCUCCUCACAAGACAUCAAAUUAGAAUUAAAUGUCAGUUUAAUUCCUCCUAUAUUUUACUUCUGCUUCCCAAAACCUGAAACUCACUGAGCCUGGCAGUCUCAUACUGCAAACUACUAUGCAGAAACUAAGUACGUUUACUCAAGUACUACUGUAUUAGAGGUAUUUGUACUUUACUUGAGAAUUUUCAUGCCAUUUUCUACUUCUGCUCGCUUCAUCUCGGAGGGAGAUAUUGUACUUUUUACUUUUACACCUCAUUUAUCUGACAGCUUCAGUUACUUUACAAAAUCAGAUUUACACACAAAACACAUGAAGGGUUUAUAAAAUAUAUAAUAAACCAACAGCUUAUACAAGUACAGCUGAAACAAUUAGUCGAUUUAAUGGGCAACUCUUUGAGAACCGUUUUUAAACUGCCAUGUCAGCAACCCCCGAAAAACAACCAUACUAAUGUAAAUGCAGGUACUUUUGUACUUUAAAUUGAAGACUUCUACUUUUAGUGGGGUAAUAUUUAGCAAGGGUAUCUGUACUAUCACUACCUACAGGAUUUUAGUAAAAGUGAAAGUAAAAACAAAAGGUCACCUGUGCAGGGCCCUGUUUCAGAAAGCGGGUUUAGUGAAAACUCUGAGUAAGUUGAGCCUGAGAUGAGGGAAACUCUGGGUUUUCGGUUUGAGAGCGCGAGACCUUUGGCUUUACCUGAAGCUGAAGAGACGUUUUUAUUACUGGACGUGAUCAUGUGACCAACAGGCUGAGGGCUUCAGUUUGUGUAGAGUCCCUCACAGCUGGUGUGAAAAAACUACAUGUGACUCAUCAAGAAAACAUGCGCAGUGCGAAAAGGUCCUGAGGGUGGCGCUGGAGGGAAAGGUCAGGAGAUAAGAUAAGAUAAAAUAACCUUUAUUUGUCCCACAGACGGUGAAAUUGUAGUUUGCAACAGCAAAGACAAGAGCAGAGAUAGAUAAGUGUACAAGUAGCAUCAACAAGUGUCAGACAAAGAAGUACCGUUCUUACAGUAAAUAAAAACAAAGUUACUGUACAUUAGAGCUCAUCAGGUCUGAUCUCCUGCCUCCUGGUCCAGCUCCUCAAGGGGGUGUGGUAAAGUGGGCGUGGUCAGCAUUGUACAGUGGGCGGAGUCAGUGGACACAUAUCCAGCCUUCUGUCUGGGCUGCAGGAUAAAAGCUCCUCCUGCCAGGCUGCUGGAUCAGUCUCAGGUCCAGGCUGCACCCUGAUCUGCAUUUGAAGUAUCUUUCAUUUUGAAAUCAUCUCUGAGUUUCCAGCAUGUCGACUGCACAGAGUCUGCAGGAGGUUUUCACCAACAGCACCGAGAAAAACACCACCAGAGCCCAGGACUGGACCGAGGUGAGAGUCCGGACUUCAGUUUUCUUUACUGCGACCUGAGAAAAGAAUCUGUUAGAAAAUGACGCAAGUAUCAACAAAUUGUACUUAAAGUUAGUGUUGGAAGAUAUUUUACUCAAGUAAAAAUACACAUGUAAAAGUACAAAAGUAUUAGAGCAAAAUAUACUUACAGUACCAACAGCAGGAGAAUUAUAUGACUGGAUUAUAAUUAUUGAUGCACUUUAAUGUUGCAGCAGGUGAAGGUGGAGCUGAUUUUAAUGAAUUUACAUAUUGUUGGUUAACCUGAGGGUCGGGGCCUCUCAAGGGGUCACAAGAUAAAUUUAUCAACAUAAUAAAUAAUAACAUUAAUAAUAAAGAUAAAGCAAUAAAAAGGGUUGAGAGAUGGUUUUUAACUUAAAAUACAUUUCUGCAGCUCAAAUCACGUUUGUUUUUCUGACAUUUCUCAGAUCUUUGCUUCGAUUUAAAGGAUCAGAGAACUGGAAACAUGUUUUUAAUCAAAUGUUUGGUUUGUUAAAUUGGUAAAAUAACUGUUAAAUAAAUGUAACAGAAGAAAUCCUGCAGCACUUUGUCUGCCACCUCAGAGGAACAGAGAAUGCAAAUGAAGGAAGCGAUAAACAUUGUUUGGUGAGUUUCAUCAGUUGUACUGACUGAGUUUCAGCUCCCAGGUUAGAAAUGGUUGAUGGGGUGAAUCUCCUGAGUGAUGAUCAGCUGCAGGGCGAAGCUGUGGAAACACAAACGGCUGGUUUCAGUCGCGUCUUCAAACUUUCUUCUUCUUUCAGACUCUCUGGGCUUUUUGCGUCUCGCCUUCUUCUCUAUUUCAACACUUUCACUCUCCAACAUCUGUGGCUGACAUGAACCUUAACUUCAAAAUAACAAGUUAUUGUCUGUUUUUUGUUUUAUUGUCAACAAAUUCCCACUGCCCCAAACAUUCACCAGAGAGCGCCACACGUGGAUCCGUCCGCCGCCACUAUUUUUGGCGGCGGACGCAGACAGGAAGUCAGACCGUGCUGAGAGACAGAUUCGCACGUUGAUGGUUUCAGUCUGAACGUGAGAUCUGUUGAAAAGAAAGACAGAAUACUGAUGAUUUGUAAAAUGCUGCUUAUGUACCUUUACUUCCAUUUAUUUGUUUUGCACACGAGCCUCUGCAGUUAAAUACUUCGGUAUUAUCAGGUGUACGAAGCCGUCAGGUGGAUCCAGCUCGUCAUGGCUGUUCUCAGUAUUCUGGGUUCAGGCUCCAUCAUCGUCUGUGUGAUGUUACAGAGACUCAGCCGGACGCCGGAGCUGCAGCCUCUGUUCCUGCUCAGUGUGUCGGACCUGCUGCUCGCUCUCUGCUGGCUGGUCGGAGCUGCUCUGUUCUCUCGACACUGCAGCCACCUGCACACGCACUGCUACCACCUGCACACUGUGGAACAGAUCCUCUACAUGGCCUCCUUCUUCUACACGCUCAACUACAUGUGGAACCUCUACACCGAAAUCAGAGAGAAGCUCUACAGCUGCAUGACCGGAUACUCGGUACACUUUUCCAACAGAGUGAGCACCGCUGGCAAAAUCACCGCGCUGCUUUCAGGUCUGUUUCCUGUGCUGCUGAUGGCACCUGUUUUCAUACAAGGAAACAUCAGCCAAUGUCAAGCCAACUUCAGCGAGCCAUACAGGUGUCUGCUGAUGCACACCGGAGCGCUUUAUCUUACCUCAGAGCACCAGCAGCCAAUCAGAGCCUGCAGCCUGCUGCACACCUACUGCAUGGGCAUCUUCCUCGCCACCUUCUUCCUCACACUUCUCAGCAUCAUUGUGCUCGUGGUCAAAGCCUGUCAUAUUUACAGGCGGGUCGUGACAUCAAACGGUUACUUAGGCAACCAGCAGCGGGCCUCCUUUCGUGUGAUGGACCGGCGGAUGCUCCUUUACCCGCUGAUCUUCGUCCUCUGUUGGGGUCCAGCGGUGGGUCUGGCAUUUCUUCAGGUGGUGAAACCCACAGCGGGUCAGGGCAAGGCCGGGGUCGCCCUCUACAUAUCACAGGCUUUCACCUCAGCCUCUCAGGGUUUCCUAAACUGCCUGGUCUACGGAUGGACCCGUGCACAUCUCCGCCGAGCCGGCAGGAGGGUUCUAUCCCGAGACGUGGACACUCAGACGCCUCUCCUGAGGGCACAGAAGAAAAGAAGCUACCAAACGCUCCGCACCCUUUGCUGAAAGAAAGAGAAGUGACAAAGUGAGACUGAGUAGGUGUUUUUUCAGUCAUCUGCUGCAAAGACUCGAGAGGAAAGAUCUAUACUUUCACUUCAGUCAGUGAGAGGGAAAACACCGGGGCUGAGUCUCUGCAGGGGUUUUGAUUUCCACCUCAGAUCCUGAACCACUGAGGCGAGAAAAAGGGAAGAAGAAGAAAGAGGGGGACUUUACUACGAGAGGAAGAGCACGCAUUGAAAGACACGUGGCUGCAUUCACUCUGUAAACAAAACCUCACGGGUGGUUUGAAGUUAUUUUUAAAUCUUACAGUUUAGAACAAUUGAUUUUUUCUUACCUUAAAAUCAGAAUCAGAAUCAGAAAUACUUUAUUGAUGGGGAAAUUCUUUUGUCACAAUUGCACUUGUCAAAGGUAGAUACAUAAAGAGUAUAUAAAU